AUGCUCGGAGCGGUGCUCGUGGCGGUAGUCCUGCUCCUCUUCCACGACGAGGUGUGGCGCAUCUGGACGACGGACGCAGAGCUCAUCGAGCUGUGCAACUCGAUCCUCGCCGUCUUUGUUGUGACCGUCUCCUUCGUCUACCUCCGCUUCCUGCUGACCGUCGUGAGCGUCUCGCUCGGUCCGCGGGAGGCGAACAUCAACUUGAUCGCGAACAACAUCGCGUCGUGGGCAAUCUUCAUCCCGCUGGCCUACCUCAUGCCCAUCCAAUGGGGGUGGGGACUGCCUGGCUUUUGGUGGUCCGACCUGGCCGGCGAAGUCUUCAAGGUGGUCGUCUUGGCGUGGGCAGUGAGCAGGGUCGACUGGGCCGAAGCCGCACGCGAGGCGCAGGCGAGGGCAGGCGUCGAGAGCGAGGCAUCCGCCCGCGGCGUCGCAUCGAUCAUCGCCAUGAGUCGUGCGAGCGUCCGAGCGAGCAAGGUUGACUAA